AAUAAAGAAAUAAAAUUGCUUCAAAUCGGUGCCAAUGCCGUGCCGACCAUUGGACGAACAUGGCGCUGGGCGCUUCAACUCCACCUCUCACAUUUAUUUCUGGAACACUCAUAACACUUGCUAGCUAGCUAAUAGCUACACAGCUGUUUAUUGAAAUCAAGGCAUCCUUUUCUUCCAUGUUGGCCAUAUCGCGUUAUGUUCAGUGCUUGGCUCUCUGCAUUGGCGUCCUUGCAAACGCGCAAAGGGGCGAGUCCUUUGCACUGCCAAGGAGAGCCACUGGGUACCUCGUCAACACCAAUCCUAAUCGCACACCCUCUUGUGGCGUAGAGAUUCUCAAAUCAUCAGCCGUCUCCUCAGAAGAACAAGAGUCGUCAUUUCGAGGAGGUGGAGGAGUACAGAAGAAAGAUGCCUUUUGGAAUGCAAAGUUGUUACGCGUUUUGUUUGCCGAAGCGGCUGGGACAUUCAUUAUCGUUCAGCUUGGCACAGGGGCAGUCAUGUCAGCGAUAUUUGACGAUGCCCUAGUUGGGUUGAUGCAGAUUGCUGCAGUUUGGGUUAUUGCGGUUACCUUGGCCAUUGCCACAACUGGGCCCAUAUCUGGGGCACACCUCAAUCCAGCGGUUUCCAUCGCAAUGUCCCUUCUCAGACCAAGCUCUUCGUUUGGGUUUGGCAAGGUUCUGUUGUACAUAGCGUCGCAGCUAAUUGGGGCAAUUUCUGGUUCAUUGAUCAAUCUGCUUCUUUACAAGGAAAAAAUUCUUCAAUUCGAAGCCAAGAACAGUAUUGUCCGAGGUACAACGGCAAGCAUUGCAUCAGCUAAAGCAUUCGGUGAAUACUUUGCAGAGCCCAUUUCUGCAAGCUUGGCAUUCCUGGUAGAGCUCUUUGGAACCGCAAUGUUGUCCUUUGCAAUCUUUGCCCUGACAAACCCAAAGAAUGACACCCAAAAGAACGGCGUGUACAUUCCACCACUUAUUGGCCUGACGGUUGGAGGGCUUAUCUGCGUACUGGCGCCAUUAACCCAAGCUGGAUUCAAUCCUGCACGAGAUUUUGGACCUAGGAUAGUCGCGUUCUUUGCUGGGUGGAAGAUGAUCGCCUUUCAAGGAUGGUGGGUAUACGUGUUUGCACCUAUCAUUGGAGCAUUAUUGGGGGGAUUUGUCGCCGACAAGGUUCUGUAUGGAGGAGACGACAACUGAUCUUAGCUUGGCGACAGACUACUGCCGCGUAUUGUUGCUACAUAGUCCCACCAGCUCCAGUAGAUUAAGCCAACAGCGUGCUCAUCCUAGUUCGGUCACCUGACUCAGCGUAAAGGCACCGUGUUGCCUAUUGGGCUCCGUAUGGGUGUGCAAAGGAGUAUGCUGCAU